AUGGAGACCUGGUUCAUUAUCGUCUUCUCCCUCUGCAUCGCUGCUCUCAUCAAAUCCCUCCUCAACCUCAUCAUCUCCUCUUCAUCCUCCAACAAAAAUCUCCCACCUGGACCUUUCACUUUACCCAUAAUCGGCAACUUCCACUGGCUCCGAAAAUCGUUUUUUGAGAUUGAACCAAUCCUCCGAAACCUCCGAGCCAAAUACGGACCCAUCGUCACCCUCCAAAUCGGGUCCCGACCUGCAAUCUUCAUCGCCAGCCACGAGGUGGCCCACCGUGCCCUCGUCCAAAACGGCGCCGUGUUCUCCGACCGCCCCAGGGCCAUCGCCACCAGCAAAUACGUCAACAGCAACCAGUGCAACAUCAGCUCCGCCCCAUACGGCCCCACAUGGCGCCUCCUCCGACGCAACCUCACCUCUGAGAUCCUCCAUCCCUCCCGGAUCAAGUCCUACUCCCGGGCGCGCAACUGGGUCCUCCAUGUCCUCGUUCACCGCCUCCUGGAGAACCAAUCAUCGGCAGUCAAGGUAGUGGACCAUUUCCAGUAUGCCAUGUUCUGCCUUCUUGUACUCAUGUGUUUCGGCGACAAGCUGGACGAGAAGCAAAUAAGGCAGAUUGAGAAGGCGCAUCGAGAGUUGCUUCUGAAAUUCGGCAGGUACCAAAUACUCAAUUUCUUGCCCAGAAUUGGAAAAAUUUUGUUCCGCAACCGGUGGCAAGAGCUUAUUCUGCUGAGAAAAAAUCAAGAAGACGUGUUGAUUCCUCUAAUCAGAGCUCGAACUGAGAUUGUGAAAAGACGCCAAGAAGAGGGGAAAAAGGAGGAAGAUGAGAGCGUGGUGGCGUACGUGGACACGCUGAUGGAUCUUGAGUUGCCAGAGGAGAAGAGAAAGCUGAACGAUGGGGAGAAGGUGACAAUAUGCAGCGAGUUUCUCAAUGCCGGCACUGACACGACGUCGACGGCGUUGCAGUGGAUCAUGGCGAAUUUGGUGAAGUACCCUCGUGUUCAGGCGAAGCUUUACGAGGAGAUCACUGGGGUUGUAGGGCCACCACCGGAAAUUUCAGCGGAGGCAGAGCUGAGUGGAAUCAUAAAGGAGGAAGAUAUGCAGAAGAUGAAGUAUCUAAAGGCGGUGGUGUUGGAGGGCCUCCGGCGACACCCGCCGGGGCACUUCGUGCUUCCCCACACGGUGACGGAGGAUGUGGAGCUGGAAGGGUACCUUGUGCCAAAAAAGGGGACGGUGAACUUCUUGGUGGCGGAGAUGGGAUGGGACCCCAAAGUGUGGGAGGAGCCUAUGGAGUUCAAACCAGAGAGAUUUCUGACUAACACCACCUGUGCUGACCAGAAUCAAAGUGAUGGAGAAGCGGCGUCGUCUUUGUUCGACAUAACAGGGAGCAAAGAGAUAAAGAUGAUGCCGUUUGGGGCAGGGAGGAGGGUUUGUCCGGGAGCAGGGUUGGCUCUGCUUCACUUGGAGUUUUUCGUGGCAAAUCUAGUGUGGUAUUUCGAAUGGGCGGCUGUGGAUGGAGAUGACGUUGAUCUGUCCGAGAAACAGGAGUUCACCGUUGUGAUGAAGAAUCCGCUGCGGGCGCACAUAUCCCGUAGGGUGAGUCCCUCGACCAGGUGCUAG